AUGAGAGACCGUCUGGCUGAGCUGGCAUCGCGCACUCAAAAUGAAGAUGGAGAAGCAACAGUUGUCGUUGAAAGUGACCAUUAUAUGGAAGACUUUUUCCUACAGGUCGAGGAAGUUAGGAAGUACAUCUCCAAAAUCUCAGAUGUUGUAGAAGAAGUGAGGAAGAAACACAGCGUUAUCCUCUCGGCCACGCACCCAAAAGACAAAACCAAGGAAGAACUCGAAGAACUGAACAAAGAAAUCAGAAAGACAGCAAAUAUAGUCCGUGCUAAGUUGAAGUCCAUGGAACAAAAUUUAGCUCGAGAGGAGAACAUUAACCGAACCUCAGCAGAUGUCCGGAUACGAAAAUCACAGCAUUCAGUGUUGACCCGGAAGUUUGUGGAUGUUAUGACGACGUAUAACGGAACUCAAACCGUCUUCCGGGAACGCACGAAAGACCAGAUACGGCGCCAGUUGGAAAUAACUGGAAAAACCACCACAGACGAAGAAUUGGAAGACAUGUUGGAAAGCGGCAAUCUGUCCAUUUUCACUUCAGACAUAAUUUUGGACACCAAACUGACCAGAGCAGCCCUUGAUGAAAUUGAGUCACGUCAUAAAGAUAUUAUAAAACUGGAAUCGAGCAUACAGGAGUUGCAUGAAAUGUUUAUGGACAUGGCGAUGCUCGUGGAGGUUCAGGGCGAAAUGGUCAACAGCAUCGAAAAGAACGUGAUGAACGCAGUGGACUACGUAGAACACGCCAAGGAGGAGACCAAGAAGGCUGUCAAAUACCAAAGUAAAGCGCGUAGAAAACUGAUGUUCAUGCUAAUUUGUGUCACUGUCUUGAUUGUUAUCCUUGGAGUUAUCCUAGCUGCACACUUCUCCUAGCCUUCGUUCGG